AUGAUUAAUAUUGAAUCUGAUUUUGAUUUGGGUAUGAAAAUGAAAUCGUUAAAUGAUAAUAAACAAUUUAAUAAAUCACUUGAAUUAUUUGAUAAAUUCAAGAUAAAUAAUGUUAAAUCAUUAUCAAAUUUAACAAUUAGUCAAGCUUUAAAAGCAUGUAUUAAUUUAAAUGAUGUUCAACGUGGGAGAAAUAUUCAUCAACUUAUUUCAUCUCGUAUAAAUAAAGAUUCUUAUAUAUUAAUCUCAUUAAUUCACUUCUAUAUUAAAUGUGAUUAUAUGAAAGAUGCUGAGAUAUUAUUUGAGAAAUUAACAAAAAAAUCUUUAUCAAUCUAUGAAGCAAUGAUGAAAGGUUAUAUUAAAAAUAAUCAAGCAAAUAAAGUGAUUGAUCUCUUCAAUGAAAUAAAAGAUCCUGAUGAAGUUAUUAUUAUUCUUUUAUUUAAUGCUUGUGCUCAAUUAGCAAAUGAAGAAGGAUUAAAUUUAAUAGAAAAAAUUUCAAAACAAAUUCCGCAAUCAUUUAAGUUAAAUCCUCGUCUUUUAACAUCUUUAUCAGAUGCUAAAAUGAAAUGUGAUCAUAUUAAAUCUACCCAAUUCUUAUUUUCAAAAUCAAGACAAAAAUCCCUAUCAAUGUAUGAAACAAUGAUGAAUGAAUUUAAUGAAAAUGAAGAUCCUUUAAAAACAAUAGAUUUAUUCAAUGAAAUGAAAACAAAUCAUAUUGAAGGAAGUAUUAGAAUUUAUACUUAUAUUAUUCAAGCUUUAUCUCAAAUUGCCGAUUAUUCAAUAUCAAAAUCAAUUAUUGAACAAAUUCCCAAAUCGAUUCUUAUCGAUGAUCAAAUAUCCAAUGCAUUAAUUCAUUUAUGGGCAAUUAAUUGUUAUGGUUUCAAUGGAAUGGGAAUUAAAGCAAUUGAACUUUAUUAUAAAAUUCCAUCAAAAUUAAUUAAUGAAUCAAUAAAUGUUUGUAUUUUAAAUGCAUGUUCAUUUUCAGGACUUAUUGAUCAAGCUCGUUCAAUCUUUGAAAAUAUUCGAAUAAAAACAGAAAGGAUUUAUACAACAAUGGUCGAUUGUCUCAGUCGAACAUGUUUAUUUGAUGAAGCAAAACAAUUAAUUAAUCAAUUUGAACAUAGUCAUUUGCCUCAAUCACCUAUGUACCUAGCAUUAUUAUCAAAUGCAAUGAUUAAAAAGAAUAAACCUUUAUCAAAAGAAAUUGGUAAAAAAAUGAAAAAACAUUUUCCUCAAAUAGAAAAUCCAUCAAUAUCAGUAUCAAUUCUUUUUGAUGGUGUUGAUGAUGUUGAUGAAUCAUCUACUAAAAUUAAUAAAGCAUCAGAUAUUAUAAUGGAAUUGAAUCAAUCAGGUAUGAAGAAAACAGUUGGCCACACAACGACUGUUGUCAAUGGACAAAUCUAUAAAUUUCGAGCUCAUGAUCGAUCUCAUCCACAAUCUAAAGAAAUUUAUGAUGAAAUUAAUAAAAUUUCGAAAGAACUUAUUUCACAUGGUCAUAAAUAUGAUCCAAGUUGGAUAACACGAUCAUUGAAUGAAUAUGAAACUAUUGAAUUAGUAUUUAAUGGACAUAGUGAAAAACUUGCAAUUGCAUGGAAUUUUAUUUCAAAUCCAAAUACAACAAGAAUACAACUGACAAAUGAUCUUCGUAUUUGUGGUGAUUGUCAUCGUGCAAUAAAACUAAUAGCUUCGAUUCGUCAAUGUGAAAUUAUUAUUCGUGAUGCAAAUAGAAUUCAUCAUUUCUAUAAAAAUGGACAAUGUUCAUGUAAAGAUUAUUUUUGA